AAUUUUCCAACCCGUUUAUCCUCGAUACGAACACGACCACGACCACGACCACCUCGACUCAACCCACGGAACGUUGCCAACUCUACUUCUACAGUUUUACCCCCGUUUUUUGCAGCUCUAUCGACUACUCCAUAUUUCACAGACACAAAACCCCUCCGCCGUUUGCCGCCCCCUUAAACCCCACUCCUCUAAUCCGCCGCACCUUUCCCAUCUCUAACCUCUGGGGUUUUAAUUAAUUUUUAGUUUGUUGAGGUUUCUGCAAUUUGUUUUUGAGAAAAUGGGAAAGCGUGGAAAUAAUCAGAAGAAAGGCCCUCAGAAUUCGAAGAAAAUCAAGCUGAAUAACGAAGAUGUAAAAAGAUUCAAUAGUAUGGAGGAUGAAAUUGAUGUCUUUCAUAAGAAAAGGGAUAUGAUCCCAUUGGAUAUAAAUGACGAUAAUGUUGAUUCUGAUUCUGAUGACGAUGAGCAGCCAGUUUUUAAUUACGAGGGUAUUGAUGGGGAUGAGGAGAACGAGGACGAGGACGAGGACGAUGAGGAGGACGAGGACGAUGAGGAUGAGGAUGAUGAUGUGAACCAGAGAGGCUUUGUUGGGAAAAUGGCAAGGCAGCUUAAAUAUUUGCAGGAAAAGACUGGUGGUGUUGAUGAUGAGAUGGAUGACGGUGAGGAAGAUGAGAAUAAACGUAAGGUGUGGCCUAGUAAACAGAGUCUCCAUGGCGCUGAUGAGUUUCAUUCAAGUGGAGAUGAUACUGCUGGAGAGGAAGAGGAAGAAGUAAUAAAAAUGCAGAAAGAAUGGGCAGAGUCUUUGAGGGCUGAGGAUUUUGGUCUCCAGAGUGAUGAUCAAGAUGACAGUGAUGAAGAGCCGACUCUAGAGGAAUUGAUGGUCAAAGGGAAGCCUAAAUCUAAAUCUAAAUCUUCAAGUGACAAAGAAGCUGAAGUCGAUGCUGCCUCGAUGUAUGAAGAAGUGAAGAAAGAUUUGAGUGCUUUAUCAAGGGAUGAACAAAUGGAUGUUGUAUAUAGUUCGGCUCCGGAAUUAGUUGGCCUGCUAGCUGAGUUGAAUGAUGCCACGAAUCAGCUUGAUAGCCACGUUAAUCCCCUUCUUUCUAAGGUUAGGAAGGGGGAUAAAGCGAAGAAAGAAGGUUUACAUUACUUGGAGGUGAAACAACUCUUGCUGCUCGCUUAUUGCCAAGCUAUUACUUUUUAUCUUCUUCUGAAAUCUGAAGGGCAGCCAGUUCGUGAUCAUCCAGUUAUAGCCCGCCUUGUGGAGAUCAAAAGCUUGUUGGACAAGAUGAAAGAACUUGAUGGGCAUAUUCCGGAUGGACUUGAGGAUUUAUUGGUCCAAACAAGUGAUAUUGCAAGUGCUCAGAAGCCAGUUGCGAAUGGACAUGUAUUAUCAUCUGAUCUUUGUGCUGAACUCAACGAUCUCACUGGGUCAGCUGAGAAACGAAAACCAUCCAAGUUAAGGGAGGUUGUUGAACCAGUUCAAAAGCAAUCUGUGGAGGUUAAUGAGAAAAAACGGAGGAUGGAUAAAUCCCAGGAUCAGCCAGUGAGCUCAGAGAGUGUGAAGAUGUUGCAAUACAGGGCAGCGCUUGAGGAGAAAUUGAAGCAGAAAGCUGGUUCUGUUGCACCAAAAACCGACAACAGCAAGAAUAGGAAACUAAACAAAUUUGCUGGAACGCUUGAAACGACUGAUGAUUUUGAUGAUGAUGCCAUGGGUUUGGAGGGGGCAACUCUUGACGUUAGGCGUUCUUCUACUCUUUCCAGUAAACUCUCCCAGAUUGUUCCUGCCAAGGGAAAGAUGCUAAAGGGUGUUUCUGGUGAUGAUGACCUGCCAGAAAGAGAUGAUCUAGGAGAAAGGAGAUGGAAACACGAGCUUCGAGUUCUGGCUGGAGCCGGAAUCAAGUCAAAAGAUUAUGAUGAUGCUGAACUUGAGAAUGAGCCAGAGAGUUUGGGUGGCAAUGGAGCAGAUGCUGGAGAAAGUGAUGAAGAUAGCGGAUCCGAAGAUGACUACUACAAUCUAAUAAAACAGCAAAGAGAAGCUAAGCUUAAAUUGAAAGCAGAUAAGUAUUCAAGAGACCCGGUAGAUGAAUAUGAACCAGAAACCACUGAUGGAAAACGUCAUAUCACCACUCAGAUUGAGAAAAAUAGAGGGCUCACUCGUAGUAGGAAGAAGCAGAUAAAAAAUCCAAGGAAAAAAUACAAGUUGCAACAUAAAAAGAAAGUCAGUAACCGUAAAGGUCAGGUGCGUGAAGUUAAGCGACCGAAGACUAGUUACGGUGGGGAAGAAACUGGUAUCAAUCCCAGGAUUAGUCGAAGCACUAGGUUUUAGGGACGACGCUGCGUUGUUUGUUGGGUGUUUUCGGGGUUCAGUGGAAGAGCAUUUUUAAAAGUUAUGCUACGGGAGUUUGGAGAAUAGAGAUCUUAUUAUUAUUUUUUAUAAUUGUAUUUGUACCAGUAACACUUUGAUAGAAUCACAUUAUAAAUUGAACAUGCAUGAAAUUCUUGGCUCUUAUGGAACAUUCUUUUAAACAAGACAGAA